AUGAACCCGCAAGAUUCGUUCGCUUGGACAACGUUCCAGCCCGACUCCUUCUGGGCGCGGAAACGCAAUGUCGUGCUCAAGAAUACCAUUCCUUUCCAGUUGGAAAUGCUGAAAUCCACCGGGAGGUAUGACGCAUUCGACCUCAAGUGGCAUCCCAUUUACGACGAUGAGCCCGCUACGUGGCCGGUGCCCAAGCAUCUGUUCUGGGACUCGGACGUCGGGAAAUGGAUCGAAGGUCUAGCUUACUUUGGAGACCUUGAGGAAGGGGAUGACAACCCUCUCGACCAAGCUGCCAAGGACCUCGUUGAGAAGAUAAGCAAGGCCCAGCAAGAAGACGGCUACGUCAACAUUCAUUUCACCGUGGUGGCCCCCAAGGAGCGCUUCUCCAACCUGCGGGACCUGCACGAGCUGUACAAUGCCGGCCACCUCAUCGAGGGUGCUCUGGCUCACCAGCUACGCUUCAAGUCGGACGAGUUCAUAAAGCCGAUGAAGAAGUACAUCGAUCUGCUGCACAAGACCUUUGGGCCUGCAGAGGGCCAGAAACACGGUUACCCGGGCCACCCAGAGAUCGAGUUGGCUCUCAUCCGAUUCUACAAGAGAACAGGUGACAAGAAGGCCCUAGAGCUUGCUCAGUACUUCGUAGAGGAGCGAGGCAACACGACCGGUGCAGACGGGAGACAUUACUAUGACGUUGAGGCCGAAGCUCGGGGCGAGAGCAUACACACUGCACCGUCGUACUAUCCCGCUGCACGGAGUUACUGGUAUAACCAGGCACACAAGCCAAUCCUCGAACAAGAGACCAUCGAGGGUCAUUCAGUCAGAGCAAUGUAUCUCCUGACUGCCGUCGCCGACUUGGCCGUCCUCGACCCCAAGGCCUUUGGUCCAAAGUACCUGCCUGCGCUCAAGCGACUCUGGGAUAACAUGGUGAACAAGAGGAUGUACCUCACAGGCGGGAUCGGAGCUAUCAGCAAGUGGGAGGGCUUCGGAAUCGACUACUUCCUGCCCCAGUCCACUGACGAGGGCGGCUGUUACGCUGAGACAUGCGCGGCCAUCGGCGUCAUGAUGCUGGCAGAGAGGAUGCUCCAGAUCGAACUCGACCGCCAAUACACCGACGUGCUCGAGCGCGCCCUGUACAAUGCCAUGCUGACCGGCAUGUCCGUCGACGGCAAGGCCUUCACCUACGUCAACCAGCUGGCCACCUCGGAGCAGGAUGCGUCCAACAGGCGUGAGGAGUGGUUCGAAUGCGCGUGUUGUCCCCCAAACGUGGCCAGGGUGCUCGGGCACAUCGGAGGCUACCUGUGGACUGCAAGGACCAACCCCGAAGGGUCCGCCACGGUGAACGUCCACCUGUAUGCUUCUGCGUCGCUCGACUACACGUUGGAAGGCACCGAAAAGAAGAUAAAAUUGAGGCAGGCGACCAAUUACCCAUGGGAGGGCAGCGUCGAGUUCUCGCUAGAGAAUAACGCCGGCGCCGAAGUGGACGUCAACAUCAGGAUACCGGCAUGGGCCGACGAUGCUUGGGAGGUCACGCCCAAGCCCCAAUCCACGUCCCUGAGCAAGGGCUACCUCCACCUCGACGCCGCCUACCUGAGGAGCAACCCGAGCUUCAGGCUCGCCGUCCCGCUCGCGCCCCGCCUGCUCCGCCCGCACCCCUUCACCCUCCAGCGCGUCGCCGUCCUCGCCCGCGGGCCCCUGGUCUACUGCCUCGAGGACGUCGACCACCCGUGGGUCGCGGACCACUUCAAGGCGCUUGUUCUGGCACCGGCGCUCACGAGGGCGGGAGGGCAGCUGGGCGAGCACGCCGUUGAGGGGGAGAAGAGGGACCUGCCCCUCGGCGAGACCUAUGUCGGCGUCACGCUCAGGAAGGGCGGGCUGGUCAUCUCGCAUCGGGAGCUUCUUCCUUCCCUUGAGUCCAGGGGGUUGGAGGAACUCGUCAAUGGCAGGGAGGCUGUGGACCUGCACUUUGUGCCGUAUUGGGCGAGGGCUAAUAGGGGUGGGAAGCACCAGAUGCGUGUUGGCAUCAGGACUUUGGAUUGA